UAUCUGAAAAGCGAUGAAGAAAUUGGCUACCAAGUCACUCCAAAGGGAAACACUGUCCUCCACGUGGCUGCUAAUGAAGGCCACUCCCAUUUCGUGGAGGAAGUCCUUAAGGUUACUCCGGAAUUGUUAUGCUGUAAGAACAAGAAAAAUGAAACUGCACUUCACUUAGCAGCUAAUAAAGGGCACAGUAAAGUAGCCCGGGUGCUGCUUGGCAUAGCGGGAGACGGGAAUAAGGAGAUGCUCAUGAGGAUGACAGAUGACGAUGGAGAUACAGUGCACAAGGCCGUUAGGAGUGGAUGUGUAGACACUGUCAGACUCUUGGUGAAAGAAGAUCCUGAAUUCGAAUUUCCAGCAAACAAAGCUGGGGAGACACCACUGUAUCUGGCGGCGGAGUCUGGUUCUCUUAACUGUUUGUUGGAAAUCUUGGAAUCUUGCAACACACCAACAUAUGGCGGUCCAUGUGGUCGAACGGCUUUUCACGCGUCACGGGCUCAAGCCAUGGAAUCAAGUCACCGAUGCUUGCGUCAGGAGUGUGCGACAUCACUAUGGCAAUGGAAUAAAUCACUACGCGAGGAACCAGACAAAUGGGGUUGGAAUUCGCUGCACUAUGCUGUUAAAGUUGGAUUGAUAGAAGUAGUUUCUGAUAUGCUGGGAUGGAAGAAAUCCUUAGCUUACCUUCCAGCAGGCAGUGGAAAUGACUGGACGAAGACAAUUCACAUUGCAGCCAGUGAAGGUGAUAUAAACAUGAUAAAUGAGCUAUUAAAACACUGUCCAGAUUGCUGGGAAAUGCUUAACAGCAGGGGCCAGAAUUUUCUUCAUGUUGCCAUAUUGAGCGAACAAAGAAGCUUAGUCAGAUCCUUCUUAGUAGGAAAACUUAAAGGGUGGCAUAUUAUCCUUGCUGACGAGAAAGAUAAUGAUGGCAACACUCCUCUUCAUUUGCUUGCUGCCUCUCAUCGGAGCCUUGUGCCUUCUCUAAGAAAACAUCCCAGUGCAAAGAAGAUGUCAUUUAACAAAGAAAACCAGACACCGCUUGAUGUAGCAUCUUCUUGGACAAGCAUAGCAAAUGUGAAUCAUUAUCUGAGGUUCUACUCGAGUCUCGGUCUCGGCAAUGGUCGACCUGGACUACGUGACUUCGAGAUAAAAUAUACGAACAUAGAGAAGCAACAGAGGGAGAACGCAGUGACAGAAAUAUUUCAAGAACUUGAGAAGAUAACUCAAGUACGUCUAGUAGUGGCCACACUGCUAGUGACAGUCACCUUCGCAGCUGGCUUUACAUUGCCAGGAGGCUUUGACAGCGAUCCUGGCCCUAAUAAAGGGAUGGCAAUUCUGAUAAGGAAAAUAGCGUUCCGUGCAUUUAUUGUUUCAGAUGCCAUCGCCUUCGUAUGCUCGGCUGGCGCUGUACAUUGCUACUACUGCAUCGCAGCAUACACAAUAAGGGAACUAAAAGGUCUCCUUCAGCUUCAUCUGAUCGCAAGUACAUUGCAGACAGUGGCCAUAUCAGCAGUUGUAAUUGCAUUUGUAACUGGCAUGUACUCUACUUUAGCACAUUCACAUGGUCUCGCCGUUGCUGUCGGUGCCAUAGGUUGCAUAUAUUUUCUUUUGUGCGUUUUGAUUCUCACACGUGUUAGAUAG